AUGUUAUAUCCACAGACAAUUAGCACUCGGGGAUUGUUUGCAGCGGCUGUCAUAGGUUCAGCCUCAGCCUACUCAAUCCCCCGUGAUACUUUUACUCCGACGAUCAAGGGCACCCCACAGGUCCUGGGACUCGUGUCCGACCCAUCACUAAACCGAGACAGCUGCGGCUCCAUCAGGUUCCAAACCCGAGAUUUCUGGACAUGUCGCGAUACCCAGAUGAAUGACGACCAAGGUUACCCAGGGGGUGGCACUAUCUCGUCUACUGCCGGCUUCACGCCCUUCAAUUUCGAUGGCACCCCGUACGUAGAGCAGACGAAUAUCGUACGCAUGACCGGCAACAACCAUGCGCCGUUCUACCACAUGACGAACGAGCAAUGCAGCGCCUGUAACCAGUGCAACGGAAACACUGCUGGAGCUUGCCUAGAUGGCAAAACUCGCUAUGCUCUCUGGCCAGACAGCCCACCCAUGGUCACUGCAGGCCAGUUUGAGGGCCAAAUCACGGCGUAUACGUGGAUUAAGAACCAGAAGCUUGAAGAUUUGACUCUACUGCAAAAUAACCCGUCCGCGGCUCUACAUAAGAUUACUUAUGACCCUUUCAACCCCGACCCCAAGGCCCUGCCGUCUGUAUCAAUCGUCAACCAGGACUUCUGGCCUCAGGGUUCAUUCGCAUAUGGAUCGUACGGCAAUGUGGUCAACGACGGUGUGGCAUACCUAUACGCCAAGGCGGAUGAUAAUGGGAAGCCUAUAGCCUUGGCUAAGGUUGCUGCAGAUUCUGUCGAGGACAAGUCUAAGUAUCAAUAUUGGGUAGGGGGUUCUUGGACAUCAAAGCAACCUGUCAUAACCGACAGUAAUGCUCAUCUUGUAAAUGCCGGAGCAGGCGGGCAGGGAACCUACUACUUCUAUGAGCCCUGGAACCGUUAUGUGUGGAUCGGACAAGCUGGAAUUAGCAUCUCCGCCGAAUUCUUCAUCACCACUGCCGCAGAGCCCCAGGGACCAUGGUCCCAGCCGACGCUCUUGUAUAAAGGUGUAGAUGGGAAUGCUACAUUACCAGCUUACUCUCUUCAAGCCCACCCAACUUUGAGGCCCGGAUCACGAAACGAGGUAUAUCUGACCUACUCCAAGGUCGAUAGAUGGGAUGGGGUUGAGCUGGAUGUGUAUUCCACCCCACUGAUUCGUAUUGAAUGGGAAUAG